GUAGUCUCGGACAGGCUGACAUAUAUGGACAUGCUAACUACUGUGAAUGAUACUGUUGUUUAAAGAAACAAAACAUUCCCAUUAAUUAUUAGUAGAAAAAAACUAGAAGGAGUGAAUAGAGUAAAUGAAAAUCCAACUACUUCUGGUUUCCCAUCUAAAAUCCCUAUCUAUAUAAACCUAUCAUCAACUCACACUUUUCUCACAUCCAACAGAAAAACACAAAAGCAACUAAGUUUCCCUAUUUUCUUAUCACACAAAAAAAGGAAGAGGAAAAGAAAAGACAAUGGCUUCGACACUGAGGUUCUUAACAUGCCUUGUGACGGUGUGCAUAGUUGCAUCAGUAGGUGCACCAAUCUCAUGUGGCACAGUGGUACAAAGCAUGAGUCCUUGUAUCACAUACCUAUCGGGACGUAUGGAUUUGACGGCUGCAUGUUGUGGGGGAGUCAGAGAUUUGAAUGCUAUUGCUCAAACCACACCGGACCGUCAACAAACAUGCAAAUGCCUACAGGCCGUUGCUAAGAAGAUUCCUGGUUUCAACCAAACUAGAGCCUCUGACCUUCCUGGAAAGUGUCGUGUUAGCUUUCCCUUUCCCAUCUCCAUAAGUACUAACUGCGACAACGUCCAUCAUGAGGAUGAAGAGUAUAUGGUCUACGUACAAUAAGUAUAAUGAAAAGGUCUACGUACGCUGACCUCAGCAGUCAGCAUGCCCCUACAUUGUCUUGUUUUUAUCUUGUUGAAAAGUUUGUCAUGUUUCUUUUUUGUCACCAAAAAAAAAAGUUUGUCAUGUUACUUUGUAAUAUUUUGCUCUAGAUUGCAUCGUAAUUAUGUUUAAGAUAUGGUAAUUGUACCUUUAAUCAUUUCUCCAACGCCCUUAUUAAUCAUCUUCUCUUUAUAUCAA